AAAAUGGCUCGUCUAGGCGCACUAUUCGCAUGCUUUGGUUGUCUCUGCUCUUUGCUUCUAGAAGUUCAGUCAUUUGGGGACUAUUAUAUCCAACAUAAAGAAUCGAAACUUUACGUGGAUGAGCAUGCACAACUUGUAGAAUCCAAAGACCAAGCAGCUCUUUACAGAUCGAUAUACGCCCCCAGAUCAUUGUAUGCGAAUAUCAAAGAGAUUAAAUCUCGAAAAAUUUUAGAAAUCGACGGUGGCUGUUGGGGUCGCAAUAUCACUAUGGCGAAAGCAUUCCAAGGAAAGCACCAGAGAUUUCAUUUGGAGUCUAACAAACCCAUGAAGUCGCUUUGUCACAAUCGCCGUCUGUUUGUCGUUCCAGAUAAGAACAUGAAAAACCUUAUUGUGGAAGAAAUGCUCCCGGAACAGCGAAGCCGAUUUUUGUUCGAUAAAAUAUCAAUUGGUCAUUUUAACUUUAAUCCAUAAAUACCCUCGCAAUACAAUAGGUUUUUUAGAAGUAUCCUAACUUGUGGACGAUUUUUUCUUUGAGCGGGAAAUUAUUAUAAUUGAUGGCAAUUUUACGAAAGAGUUUAAAAAUGUUAACGCAACUUCAGUAGCUGAUAAGCCUGAGAAAAAAUAUGAAGGAUCCUUGAUGGAAUAAGGAUAUCACAAGUGAAUAUUAAUAAAAAAUCUAGUAACACUUCCUUAAAUAUAAAUAUCCUUGCUAGUUUUACAGUGGAAUGAACGAUUCGUGCUGAAUAAUACCAUUAAAAAAUUGUUUUUAGCAAGGGUUUAGUAUCAGUAAUGGGUAUACCCUCAGAGUGUUCUAAACGAGCGAAGUCAAGUCACUUUAGUAUUUAUUUAAAAAAAUGAUUCCUUAGACAUCUUAUAAGCAAUCAGACACUUUGUAAGCACAGUACACUUUCUGUUUGUGUUUUUUACCAUAGGAUUUAGGAACUUUGAAGAAGAAUCGUGGAAGCCAGUGUGCAUUAAUAUAUAUUAAAACCUCUUGGAAUUUCAAGUAAUAUGAGAAUUGUUGCUCGGGACAGUUACAACUUCUUCCUAUAGAAUCUAUUGGGUCUAAUUUACUUUGCAAAAAUCUUAGAUUAAAAUGCUUAUCAAAGGUUUAAAAACUUAAUAGCUGUUGGAUAGAUUUUGAAAAUACCAAAAAAAUUAUAACAGAUUUUGAAAAUACCAUAGAAAGUAUACAGUUACAUAUUUCUGACUAAGUUAGCUAUGGUAUGAGCUACAAUAUUUUACAGAAAACAUUGGGAAAAAAUAUGAGUUAUUGCUCAAUCAUUUUUAUUUUAUCUAUCCAUCUGCUUAAUAGUGGCGUUAGUGUAUUAUAGCGUAUUAUUUGUAGCGACAAAUAUUAAAAUGAAAAUGUUAGUUCAAAUAUCGGGCCGAAAAUUAAAAUCGAUAGUCCGACAUUUGAUUCCUAUGUAACAUCCCAAAUCGACUAUUGUUCUUUAACGUCGCCAGCAUAAAAUUUGCAUACUUAACAUAAAUAUAUAUAAUGCGCCCGCCCACGUGAGGGAAUGUUAAUCAAAUAAACUUUCUACUUCCGGCCGUUUUGCAAAUAAAUUACUAGUGUUGCGCAGCCACAAGAUUUUUCUCUUAAUAACCUUUGUAAUUAAAAUUUUGACCUAGAAAUUACUAUAUCUGGUUGGUGAAUGAACAUGCGAGGCUAGCCGUUUUCUAAAAUAUCAUUGUGAUUAUGAAACACGAGCUUAGUAUACUUACGCCCACGAACGCGUCGCAUUCAUUCAUAAAAUUUUCUGCUACAGGGUGUGUAAAUGUCGAUGCUAACGUUAACAAACUUGUUGCAUGAACUCCAUUAUGCAGUUUUUACCGACAUUUAGUUAUUCUUCUUUUAUAUUGAAGAAUAAUUUAUAGCCACAAAAACGGG